AUGACUUGGACCGCUCCCUCUAUGACUGUCAACUCGUCGGAAGCCGUCUCAACGGCAUGUUGGGCCCCCGCUGGGGAGACAACCUUGCUUCGCGACAGGCGGCACAGGCAUUCGUUCCAUUCCACGAGGAAAUUAUCCGUCGACUACGAUGCGGACGCCAUCUUUCUUAGGGUCGAGCUUUUUCUUGCCGAACUUGAAAGACGACUCCAUAGGCUCGAAGAGUACGGGAAAUUGCACAUGCAACGGUUUGACAUGAGCUUGCAAACGGGGUAUGCAACACUGGAAGCCGUUAGGGACGCCUGUUCAUAUGCGUCCGGUGAGCUUAUGGGUGGUGGCAAGACACGAGCCAGGAUGCUGGUGGAGACGCUGGAAGACCGGUACAAUGAAGCUCUGGCGACAAAGGAUACUCUGGAGCAAAAAGCCCAGGCUGGUAUCCGCUUGAUGGAGUCCUUCUUGUCGGAGCUGGAGGCGCGGGUUCACUCCAGGUGGGAUCGUGGUAUCUCUGGUGCCAUUGACGAUGGAUGGAAAGCGGUCGACUCGGGCCUUGUGCAUGCCCGCGAAGUGGUGGAUGAGGGCAUGGAGCAUGCCCGGCGCGCAAAGGAAGCACUUCGUGAGAGCAUUGACCGCGCUAUUUUCCUGGCCAAGGAGAACCGGCUGAUAACCUACGCGGACCUUCCUCACCCAUGGCGGAUUAACCCCCAUAUCACCAAGGGCUACCGAUUCUCGACCACCAAAUUGGAAUGCUUCACGUCUGUCUUCACGUUGAACAACGAGCUGGUCAAUAUCUGGUCGCACUUCAUUGGUCUCAUCAUCGUCCUGAGCACAGCCUUCUACUUCUACCCACUCAAUCCCAACUUCUACCUGAGCACCAACACGGACGUGGCAAUCGCUGCAGUGUUCUUCUUUGCUGCCUGCAAGUGCCUGGUCUGCAGUACCCUUUGGCACACGAUGAACAGCAUCUCCUCGCAGUCGCUCAUGGAGCGAUUUGCCUGCGUUGAUUACACGGGUAUCUCCUUCCUUGUUGCUGCGUCGAUCGUGACAACAGAAUACACCGCCUUUUACUGUGAACCCGUCUCGCGAUGGACAUAUAUUCUUCUCACCAUGUCCCUGGGAGUUGGCGGUGUCAUCCUUCCCUGGCAUCCGACCUUCAACCGUGCGGACUUGGCCUGGGCUCGUGUUGCGUUCUAUGUCUCUCUUGCACUCACUGGAUUUGCGCCUCUGGCACAGCUGACGUACACUCGGGGACUUGCCUGGUGUGUAUAUUUCUACGCACCUAUUACGAAGAGCAUCCUUGUUUACUUCGCUGGGGCAUGCAUCUACGCUUCUCAGAUUCCCGAGCGGUGGCGUCCGGGGCUAUUUGAUUACUUUGGGGGUAGCCACAAUAUCUGGCAUCUGGCUGUGUUGGGUGGGAUUUUGUUCCAUUACCAUGCGAUGCAGGAUCUGUUCGCUGGUGCCUUUCAGAGGGCGCAGGGAGAAUGCCGCAACAUAGCCCUGUAG